AAAAAUUCUUCAAACAACAGCGUUUGUCGAUAAGACAUUGAUGAUAAAAGAAUUAUUUCAAAAAGAAGAAUUCAAAAGAACAGUAAUUACGGCUCCCCGGAAAUAUGGAAAAUCAACAAAUCUAACUAUGCUUAAAUACUUCUUGGAAAUUCAAGUGAACUUACUCGGAAAACCACUUACAAAAGCAAAUGCUGAGAAACCAAUUACAGAUACCACUAAUUAUCAAAUAUUCGAAGGUCUGAAGAUUAGCAAAGAAGCUGUGAUGAAAGAUCAUUUUGGGAAGUACCCAGUUCUAUACGCUAAUUUUAAAGUUGAAAGGCUUAUUAAAACUUAUACCUGUGUUAUUGAAGUAUGUAAAGAAGUAAUUCACAAAGCCUUUCAAUCACAUAGAUACUUACAAAUAAGUUCUAAAUUGGAUAUUAAAGAGAAAAGAAUAUGUAAAUUGUGGUGCGAUGAUGAAUGUUACAAAAUGAUUAGGAAUAUAAAUGAAAUUUGUAUUGGUUUUAGGUCAUUGUGUAAAUGUUUAACAAAGCAUUUUAAUAAGCCAUGUUUUGUUCUAAUUGAUGAACCCGACUUUUUACCAAUCGUUUCAAUAACACAGCCUUUGUUAGAAGAUUAUAAACGUAUUUCUUUUUUUAUAAGCCAAUGUUUAUUAUUUUUAACAAAUGAAGAAUUUGUUGAUAGAGCAUUUGUGACUGGAAAAUCUGGUUAUGCUAUUCGUGGAAUUCUGCCUUCAUGUAUAGAAAUACAACCGUUCUCUGAAUUUCAUGAGUUCACUGAUUAUUAUGGAUUAACUACAAAUGAGUUGAAUUGUCUUUUCAAAAAACAAGAAUUUAAUGCUGUUACAGUGACAAUAGAUGAAGUAAAGGCUUACUUUGGUUCAUAUAAUAAAAUUGAUCAACUUUCAAAAAUGAAGAAGAAGAUAUAUUGUAUUUGGUCAGUUUUAAAUGUUUUAAAAUGUAAAAGACUUGACAACUUUUGGCGAGACUUUGGAACCAUUUUUUGUAGCUUUUCGAAUCCAACUAUUAAAGACUCAAUGCAACAGUUAUUAAGUAAUAAACCUAAUAUGGCUCUGGUAUACAAUAAAACAAAACCAAAAACUUAUCCAGUUACUCCUAAAAUUAUUGCAGCAUCUGGAAUCCCUAAUGAUAAGCAAUUAGAUUAUUUUUUCAAUUUUUUGUUGGAUAUAGGCUAUUUAACCUAUGAUUCACCUGUAGUACGAGUCUCAGACUCUCAUAAGGAUAAUAAUACAAAAUGUUGUAUAGUUGUAAAAAUACCAAAUGAGGAGGUUAGACAAGAUAUUAAAAAAAAAAUAUCAUUGCUCUCUUAA